AUGUCGAACAGUACUCCGGAACUCAAAUAUUUCAGUUUUGGUACCGCUGGUAAGAAAGUGUUGAGCAGGUCACUUGCUGUUGGUACGAAGACUGGAUAUCGUUUAUACUCGUUGUCUUCCGUUGAUAAUUUAGACCAAAUAUAUGAAAAUGAAUCUGAAGAUAUCUGUAUUGUGGAGAGGCUAUUCAGCAGUAGCCUGGUUGCAGUGGUCAGCUUGUCGUCGCCACGUAAGUUAAGAGUGUGCCAUUUUAAAAAAGGAAAUGAAAUAUGCAACUACAGCUAUUCAAACACUAUUCUAGGUGUGAAAUUAAACAGGGCUAGAUUAGUUGUAUGCCUAGAGGAAUCUUUGUAUAUACACAAUAUACAUGACAUGAAGGUCUUGCACACAAUUAGAGACACUCCACCUAACCCAGCUGGACUUUGUUGUCUGUCUACAAAUAGUGAUAUGUGCUAUUUGGCAUAUCCCGGUUCAAGUACAACUGGUGAAGUGCAAAUUUUUGAUGCCAUCAAUUUGCAAUCUGUGUCCAUGAUCUCAGCUCAUGAAAGUCCUUUGGCGGCAAUGGCCAUUAGCCACCAGGGCAAUAGAAUAGCGACGGCCAGUGAACGAGGCACAGUUAUUAGAGUGUUCAACAUUUCUGAUGGUGCUAAAUUAUAUGAGUUCCGUCGUGGUGUUAAGCGCUGUGUCAGUAUUUGUAGCUUGGCGUUCAGUAUUGAUGGCUUGUACUUGUGUUCAUCAAGUAAUACUGAAACAGUGCAUGUGUUCAAAUUGGAUGACACCAAAGAAAUACCACAAAUGCCCGAUGAACAACAAAGCUGGAUGUCAUUUUUAUCAAAAGCCGUUACUGCAUCAGCUAAUUAUUUACCGACUCAAGUAACAGAUGUGUUCAACCAGGGACGAGCAGUAGCUUCAAUUCAUCUACCGUUUCAGGGACUAAAAAAUAUUUGUACAAUAGUGAUGGUUGACAAAGUUUUAAGGUUACUGGUUGCUUCAUCCCAUGGAUAUUUAUAUGUUUAUAAUUUAGAUAUGGAAGAGGGUGGUGAAUGUACUCUUUGGCGUACUCAUAGACUGGAUGGCCAAUUAGAUGUAGUGGACAGCCCUAAACCAAUCAAAUUGAAGGAGGUCAAUACAACCAAGUUGGAUAAAACCACGAAAACAGAAUCCUCCAUCAAUACAAAAUUAGAUACUGGGCCUGCAGUAGACACUAAUCAUAUGACUAAGGACUGCUUGGAUUACACACUAUCUGUAGCGAAUCCAGUUGGAAGUUAUGCUGGUGCCCUCAGGGACAUCCCCAUCCAGUCAGUCAGAUGCAGAGAAUCAUGUUGA